UCCUUUCCUCGGAGCGGUUGUGUACAAUCGGAGGAUCUAAAAAACAUAAAAACUAUUAUAAUGGCAUCACUCAUUAUUCCUUAUUUAUUCAUACAAAUCUCAUCCCGUUACAUUACCAAUCACGCAGCAGCAGAAUCACGGUCAUCACCGUAUGGAACACUGUAAUUUAACAAAGAUAGUGGAUAAAAAGACCGAACGAAAUCUCCGACACCGGCAAUAUCGCGUAUCUCUCAAACAAACAUUCUAAAUCCUACGCCGCUCCUUCAUUCUCUCGCGCACGCGGUAGCCGACCUAAAAACUCCAGCGAGUAUAUAGAUCUGCGAUCCAAUUUCCAUACUAAUGCAAUUAUUUAACCCUCGCGGACCAAAAAGUGUACGCGUCAUUAUUGCUCUAAUGGAUGUACGGGAGGUCAAGUGCGAAUAUUCCAUGCAUCGUUACAGGUGAAUUUGAUAACUCGAUUCAUAUAUACGUCAAUGAAAGUUCAACUUUGUAAGACUCUAUCAAAAUUUCACUGUCGGCGCACCAACGACUUCACCGAAGUUUUGGCAUAGCCAUUGAAAGGGCCUACCGACAAAAGCCCCAUUGAACGCACGGCUCAUCGAUCGCAUCAAGCCUGAAGCUAUGUAGUUAAAGAGUGUGACGUAUCGGCGAGAGAGCACGAGAGCGUGCAAUAUGCUAAUCGUUCGCGAGGAGCUUAUCUGCUCGGCACGCGAGCCGCAGCGGUAGUCCGGCUUUUAUAAUAAGACCGUCCCUGAACAGAGCGCGAUGUGGGAUGCAGCGAGAAUUACGCGAACGAUUGUUUCGAUUUCGAAAAAAAAGCUCGACUCAACUGUGAAACCAGAAAUAACUGAAAAAAAUCGAGGCAAAGGCAGUCGUUUAAAAAGGGACGCCUCGAGUCGAUCCAAAAGCCGAUGCACAUAAAACACCACAUAGAGCAGCUAAAGAGAAAGUAUAGCCGAGCUAUAAAAGAGUUUCGCGGCUGCAUUAGCAUCCAGCGCGCGCCUAUGUCAAGGUCUCGCUUUUUCCACCCGCCCUCGUCGUCACGCCAAUCUCUCCCAAGCCCUAAUACCAGAGCGCACAGACAAAAGGGGUUACAGUAGCCUAUAUAGAAGGCCAUGUCCGCGCGGAGCUGCGCGGCGAACUUCCGCUCUGAAUUCGGCUGACGAAUCCAAGCCCUACUGAUGAUAUGGCCAGUCUGGGAGUAGCCAGUCCGGCCUCAAGAGCCGAGCUCUGGGUCGACUUUUGCCGAGCUUUCGCCGAUCGCCAUCAGCAUCAACGGCAUCGCAGACGAGGCGUCUGGAGUAGUAGUAAGAGAAGCAGACGAGCGAAGAUCGUUGAUGCCGAUCCCAAGACACUGCACAAUAGCAUGAACGUAUCCACGGUGUUUCCAGAGGAGUACCCCGUUCAUCAGGAAGAGAACACCGAGCACCAGCCUGAGACCAAUCCCGAAAAUGAGCAGCCAAAUCACCAGACGUCUUCGCAGCAUCAGCAGCAGUCGAGCCAACCAAAUCCACCAGGCGCUAAGGACUACGUGGGCAUCGACGAGGUGACGAAGGUGGGCUUCCUCGUGCCCCUGUUCGCCGAGGCUCUAGGCACCUGUCUCCUCGUCAUAAUCGGCUGCGCGUCCUGCAUCAACUGGGGCACCGCGCCCACCGUCUUGCACAUCGCCCUCACCUUUGGUCUCGCCGUUGCCAGUUUAGCGCACGUGCUGGGACCGGUGUCCGGCUGCCACGUGAAUCCUGCGGUGACUCUGGGCCUCCUCGUCAGCGGCAACUGCACGAUACUGAAGGCGAUAUGCUACGCCGUCUGCCAGUGCUGCGGUGCCAUCGCCGGCGCUGCAAUUUUGAGAGCCGCGCUACCAGCGAAGGCGACGUCCCAAGGUCUGGGCAUGACGCUCCUGGGCAACGAGGUGAACAACGGCCAGGGUAUCCUGAUCGAGGCGAUCAUCACCUUCCUCCUGGUCCUCGUGGUCCACGGAGUAACCGACCCAAAGCGCGAAGACUGCAAAGGCUGGGCUCCGAUGGCCAUAGGCCUGAGCAUCAGCGUCUCGCACUUGGCGGCCGUGCCGCUUACCGGCAGCAGCAUGAAUCCCGCCAGAUCACUCGGACCCGCCGUCAUCGUUGGCCUCUGGACCGACCAGUGGAUCUACUGGGUCGGACCGCUUCUCGGAGCUCUGGUCGCCGGUGCGCUUUACAAGAUCAGUCUCAGGGCCAGAAGCAAGGAGGAGGAGCAGGCGUCGUACGACUUCUGAAGACUCCGGAUGACGACGAUGCAGGGGGACGCUUUAUUGUUGUUAUUGGAAUUUUUGGGGAUUUCUAGUCAGAGAUACCGAGAUGGCGUUCCUUUUAUCCGGGCUUUGGAAUCUUGUGGGUCGAUCGAAUCAAACUGUUGGAGCUUUGGCGCUGUGUAUUCCUCGCUAUGUGGGUGAGCGUCGUGAUGUUUGCGUUUUGCGUAUAGGUGAGAUGCUGGGAUCGAUUGGAUUUAUUACUUCUUUUUCGAAGCUUGUUUCUGUCGUUUUUUACGAGGAGGAUGUUGGCGGGCUGAAACGUAAUAUUCGUAUGCAGUGAAUACAACGUCGAGACUGCAGAGAGAGAGAGAGAGAGAGAGAGAGAGAGAGAGAGAGAGAGAGAGAGAGAGAGAGAGAGAGAGAAAGAGAGAGACAGAGAGAGAAAGAAAGAAAGAAAGAACUCAUAUUUACGAUUAUUAGCAUACCGUCAGUUUCGAUGCGCAUUUUCAUUACUUACAUAUGUAUGGUAAAGAGCCAUUCAUGCACAUUGUAUUUUGCAAACUUUAACUUCAACUUUCUUCUUGCCGAACGAGGUCACAUUCAUUACGCUCUAUACGAAUAUGUAUAUGCUGUAUCUGCGGUUACAAACGAAAAAAAAAUUACACAAGGUCGCGAGCUCAUAAUAUGACCGCGGGCAUCCUCCUUAAUUUUUCCUUCGCUCGUUGUUCGAGACUCUUUAUUUUUGCAAAAACAAAACGCGUAAGGCCGAAAUUUCGAUGUGUAUUUCAAGUGAUACCCCCAGCACUGCCAAAAAUCGAACUUGGAUAAACUUCAGCCGCGAACGCGUUGAGCAAACUCGAUUAUAUUCCGAUGGGCCGUCGUCGAUUUGUAUUAUAUAGGGUAAUGUAAUAACGUUCAGAGGAAAUCGAAUAUUUAUCAGGAGCAUUUUAGUGGAUACAGAUACAAUGAGGACCAAGAAAAAUCUUGUUUUUUUUAAAUUCAAAAUUUUCUUAUUCUCUGUGUAUGUAUUCUAGCCUGAGUACACACUAAUCGUGUAGCAAUAAUUCUUCCGUAGUAUAUCUGCUAUCUAUAUAACGCCUUGGAGAGAGUCUCAUAACGUAGUUAUAAACUUUUUCUCUCGAUUUUUAUCCGACCAUCACAACAGUAAAUUCUUCCUCGACAAACCGACUCAAAAUGUAAAAUUUGUAAAGAGAUCAUCAACGAUUUCGGUAGCGGGUCUACUUGUGUACAUAUAUAUCAAUCACGGAAUCGUACAAAGUUUCGAAAAAAAGAGAAAAAAUUAUUUUGAGAUUUUAUUGUAUGUCUUUUGUGUAGACUAGUUUGUGUUACAUAUAUAAUAUAUUAUUUAUAUUUGUAAGAGUGUAUAAGUAUACAUUAGAUAUAGAAUAUAGCUUACGAGUUUUAUAAUUGUCUUCUGCUUCGAUAAUUAACUUUGCGCAAACUUCUGCCAAAUAUGCCAAAAAUAACAAUCACUCUUAAACAACGUAUACUUUUAUUGUGUAAUCCUACGAUGAGAUCGUUAAACUCCGGCAUAAUAAAGUGAGCGUACGCUUUUUACUUUUUUUACCUAAAACGAAAAUUGCAUUCAAUGUAUCGUUUCGAAUUUUAAGAUUAUUGAAAUUAUGAAACAUUAUAUUUAUAUGUUAAAAAAUAGUUAACGGAUUCCAACGUUUUUGGUAGGCUUAUUAUGUAGUGUUUGUUGUAAGUACUGUAAAAAUGCAGAAGUAUUUGAUGUGAGUAUUAUUAAAUAAAUAUAAUUUUAAA